UUCACAACAUGGCGGAGAAAGGUUCCGGGUUGGAACUGUCAUCAGAAGCCCCAUGGCAGCGUGUUAAACAUCCUACGGCCAAUUUUUCUGCACUUUGCCUUUUCAGAAUCAAGAGAGAUAUUACAAGCAUGUACAAAGAGCCACCUCCUGGUCUGUACGCAGUAGCAGAUGAAAACGACAUCACAAAGGUUCAUGCUUUGGUCAUUGGUCCUCGUGGCACACCAUAUGAGGGGGGGUUUUAUUAUUUCCUUAUCGCCUUUACCCCUGAUUACCCAAUCAAACCUCCUAAAGUACGUCUAUUGACAACAGGAAAUGGGAGAGUCAGAUUUAACCCCAAUCUGUACAAAAAUGGCUUAGUUUGUCUUAGUAUUUUAGGAACAUGGCCUGGCCCUGCAUGGAGUCCUGCCCAGACCCUCUCUAGUCUACUGAUAUCAAUCCAGUCUCUUAUGAAUGAAAAACCAUAUCACAAUGAACCGGGAUAUGAAGGCAAGGAGGCCUACAAAGAUGACAGCAAAAGAUAUAAUGAAUGCAUUCAGCAUGAAAACCUUAGAGUUGCUGUCUGUGAUAUGUUAGAAGGAAAACUAAAUUUUCCUCCAGCUCUCAGAAAACGAAUGGAGAAGUUAUUCCUUGGGUUUUAUGACAGAUAUUCAUCAGUUGUUAAGGAAAAUAUGCUCUCUAAUGGAAAAAGGAUGAAGGAUCCCUUCGGGGAGAAUGAGGGAAAGUUGGAUUAUGCGUCGAUAAAAUACAGACUAGACGCAAUUAAGAGCCGCCUUGAUGAGAAGAAGGCUAUGGGGCAUGAAUUGGACGACUCAUCGAGUGAAGAAGAAGAAGAACAAAAACAGACAAGAGAGGAGAAUGCUCCAGAAAUAGAUGACUGGGACGCCUUUCUAUAUGACGACGACUGAUUUGAAUUCAGGAAAAGAAUUUUUUCUUGCGAUUACAUUGUUCAGGACACAAAAGGAUGUGUUAAACCGAUGACCAUUUCAUAAGCUAUUUAUACUGUUACUGUUUUACAGGUUUCAUAAAAACGCGAGGUGAAUUAUAUUGUAAAGUAAGACAUAAAAGAAUAAUUGUACGCACAUCGAGUUCCAGAUUUCUAAGCCUUACUAGUUUGUUUAACGUUAGUGUUAUACUUUCAAGAUUUCUUUAGCAAUGCGUUUUUUCGGAGAACUUUGUCACUGUUUAAAUUAACCCAACCAAAAGCUCUACUCGAGGAAUAUUAAUGUUAGAAUAUUUCUUAGCAGUUCCAGUACAUUAUCUUUUUAAG